CUCGACCCUCAUUUCCUGGGGCCCAUCCCAUCUGCCCUCGCGCUGUCCGUCUCCUGCUGCCGCUGUCGAUCUCAUUGUUGACUCGUUUCCCCGACCCCGUCGCUCUUUUUCAUCUUGUUUCUCUUGUCUCCGUAAAUACUGCUCGUGCUGCUGGUCCACGACUCCCUCGCUUUCGCCUCGUCGGCUUCGCACUCAUUCACUUGCUCGACGCGACAUCCGCUCAUUCACCUCGGACCAGGUCCUCCCCCAGUUCGCGACACGCGUGGAGGAAUAUCUCUCAUUCAGAACAACCGCGCUUGGAUCUUUCGCAAGUGCCCCGACGCUCAUUUUUCGACGAAAACCCCAAUGAAGCUCACGACCCUCCCGACUGCCCUUGCGGCGGUCGUGUUGCUGGCCGUCCCCUCUGUCAACGCCAAGGCUCAUCGCCAUCACGGCCGCGAUCAUGACCAUUUGCGACCUCUACCCGAAUCAGCCUCGUUCUUCGAGCUGCCCAUCGUCCAGAAGCGUGGAGGAAAAUGCCAGUUCCCUACCGAUGACUCCAACAUGGUCGCUGUCACCCCCGACGAGAAGAACGCUGGCUGGGCCAUGAGCCCUGAUCAGGAGUGCACUCCCGGCAGCUACUGCCCUUUCGCCUGCAAGCCCGGCAUGGUUAUGGCUCAGUGGGAGCCCGAUUCCACCUACGUCUAUCCCUCAUCAAUGAACGGCGGCUUGUACUGUAACGAUGACGGUGAGAUUGAGAAGCCCUUCGACGACCAGCCCAACUGUGUCGAGGGAACCGGAUCCAUCCAAGCCGUCAACAAGUGUGGUUCAAAGAUGUCCUGGUGCCAGACCGUCCUGCCUGGCAAUGAGGCCAUGCUGAUUCCCACUCUUGUCACUGGCACCGCCACCAUCGCCGUUCCCGACCAUUCAUACUGGUGCUCUACCGCUGCUCACUUCUACAUUAACGGUCCUGGUGUCGGAGAAGAGGGCUGCAUCUGGGGCUCCGAGAGCGAACCCAUUGGUAACUGGAGCCCAUACGUUGCCGGUGCCAACACCGACUCUAGCGGCGAGACCUUUGUCAAGGUCGGCUGGAACCCCAUCUGGGAGGAUUCGGCCCUGAAGGGCACGCUGCCUGACUUUGGAAUCGAGAUCAAGUGCCCCGGCGGUGGCUGCAACGGCCUGCCCUGCAAGAUUGAUCCCUCAGAUGGCGAAGGUGCAGUUCAGAGUUCCGAGAGCGCCGUCGGUGCUGGUGGCGCAUCCUUCUGUGUCGUCACUGUCUCCAAGGGCAGCACCGCGCAGAUUGUCGCCUUCAGUGUCGGUUCCAGCUCAAUCUCAAGCACCGACGAUUCUAGCGACGAUUCUGACGACAAGGAAACCGAAUCCGAAACCUCGACUGAGGCCGAGUCCACCACUGAGGCCCCUGAGACUACCUCAGCCGAGCCCACUACUACUAGUGAGGAGCCAACUACCAGCGAGGAGCCCACAACCUCGACUACCGAGGAGCCUACCACUACUUCGACCACAAGCAUCAGCUCUGCCACCCCCACUUCGACCGAGGAGGAGACCACGAGCACGACCGAAGCCUCGACCACGCACUUCACCAGGAAGGCCACCAAGACUAAGGCGGAGUAUACCACCAAGUCCCACCCCACUGUCAACCCGGGUAUCUUCCACGAGAACGGCACCACCACUUCUGAGGCUGAUGAGACCAUCACCGAUAAGCCCUCUGCCACCGCCGACUCCGAGUCUGGUUCCCAGGCUGCCCCCACGACUUCCAAGGAGGGCGAGGCUAUCCGCCAUCAGGGAAGCGCCGCCGUCGCCAGCUUCGUCGUGGCUUUCAUCGCCGCUGCUUGCUUCUUUUAAACGAAGAAACUAGCUGAACAGCAUAUAUUCGCUUCGUUCUCAGUCAGCCUGCUAGUUCUUCACCCUCUUCGCAGCCCCCCCUCAGCCACCGUUCUCGCCGCCCAUCCUGGCAGCUGGCAUUCUUCUCUUCUCCGGCUCCUAUUUUCCAAAUCGGUCUUUUAUAUGAGGCUAUAUUUUCAUCAUUCAUUUUUUACAUAUAUUACAAAG